AUGAAGGGUGAUGUAAUUGUGAGCGGAAUUGUCAAUACUGCUAAACAGAUCGCCCAAAAAAUACCAGUGGGAGUUCACUUGAAGGCACCAAUGUUGACCAGGCAAAGAGAUAUUGAGCUUGCAAGCUCACCAGACAGGAUUCGCCAUGCCAUAACAUGCAUAGCAGAAGAGCUUGGGGUGGAGAAGAAGCUUAGGCGACAAACAGAGAGAUUAAACAAGAAGCUUGGAAAAGAAUUGGCGGGGACGAAAUCAUCAUUGUCAACAACAACAAAAGAACUGGAGAUUGAGAAGAAGGUGAAAGAAACAUUGGAGCAGGAGAUCUGGACAAAGCUAAAAAUUCGGCUUGAUUCUGGCACCAUUGGACUGCAGAUUUGGAGGGGUUUUCACCCAAAUGCUGUGACUUUUACUUGUCUCAUUAAUGGUCUUUGUAUGGAGGGUAAGAUUAAGAAGGCGAUUGAGUUGCUUAGGAAAAUGGGUUCUUUUGGUUGUACGCCUGACGUAAUUACAUUUGGGACUUUGAUUACUGGGUUGUGUCGAACAGGCAAUAUCACUGAUGCCCUUCAGUUAUUUGAAGAAAUGGUUAAUGGGAAUGGUGAAUUUGGUGUCAUUUGUAAGCCUAAUCUUACUAGGGGCAUUAACCCAGACGUUGUUACUUACAGCUCUCUAAUUUAUGGUUUGUAUAAUACAUCUAAUGGGGAGGAGGCGAAAACAUUGUUUAUGGAGAUGUUGGAUGAAGGUGUACAACCUAAUGUAGUGACAUUUAAUGUGGUAAUGGAUGAAAUUUGUAAGAAUGAAAAGAUAGACGAAGCCAAUGGAUUGCUCCAACUGAUGAUUAAUAGAGGUGUUCAUCCCAACACAAUUACUUAUAAUACAAUUUUGAAUGGUUAUUGCUUGGAAGGUAGAAUUGACGAUGCAAGAAAGCUAUUUGAUUCUAUGGUGAAUAAGGGAUGCAUACCUAAUGUAGUUACCUACAGUACUCUAAUCAAUUGGUAUAGUAAGAAUCGUAAAGUUGAUGAAGCUAUGAGUCUUUAUAGAGAAGUGACUUCAAAGGCAGUUAGGCCAACAAUUGUUACUUAUAGCACCUUCCUGACUGGCCUUUUUAUGAUUGGUAAUGUCGGACAUGCAAGGAAACUAUUUGGUGAGAUGCAAUGCAAUAAUGAUCAUCCCGAUUUAAUUACGUAUAAUAUUCUCAUUGAUGGAUUUUGCAAAAAUGGUUGUGUUUUGGAGGCUAUUGAACUGCUUCAUACUUUAAAAAAUGGAAACAUUCAACUUGACAUCAAAACUUUCAGUUGUCUCAUUGAUGGGUUGUGCUUUGUUCCAGAUGUUGUGACAUAUAACAUUCUGAUGGAUGGGCUUUGUAAAGAAGGGAACUUAGAAAUGGCAAGUAAUUUGUUAUCAGAUGUGGAGCAAAAUGGUUGUGCUCCAGAUGUAGUCAUAUUUGGUACACUUAUGUCUGGUUUCUUGCAGAAUAAUGAGACUUCAAAAGUGGUUGAACUUCUUCACAAAAUGAAUCAGAGAAAUCUGAAGCUAGAUGCAUCCAUAGCUUUGAUAAUUAUAGAUUUACUGGGAAAGGAGAAAAUUAUCGCAAAUUCUUAA